AUGUCAUCCCAUCAAUCUCCGUUUGAUGAAGAAUUUGACGAACUUGUCAGAACCGAGCUGGAAAAAUGGAAAGUUCCAGGACUGAGCAUCGCGAUUGUCCAAGGCUCUGAAAUAUCGGCCAAGGCAUACGGGCUAGCAGAGCUACCGAGUGAUACUCAUGCACCGCGUCCAAUGACAACAGACGCCUUGUUUGCAGCAUGCAGCACCACCAAGGCUUUCACAUCUGCAGGUACCUCAAUAGCGAUUCAAGAUAGCCAAGGCACCACAAGCCCACUGAGCUGGAGCACAACACUGGCUUCUCUCAUUCCGGGGGAGUUUGUACUCGAGGAUGACCAUGCGACACAGAAUGUGACUUUGGAGGAUGCGCUGUCCCAUCGCACGGGUAUGCCGCAGCACAAUUGGACACUGGCGUUUUUCAAAAGUAAGGGCUCAAAACCGGCUUCAACAGUCCGUGCUAUGCGAUACAUGCCUCUCGCAACACCACUGCGAAGCAAAUACCAUUACAGCAACCACAUGUAUAUUGCCGUGUCACAUGCACUGGAACAACGUACCGGAAUUCCUCUAGGAACGUUCAUGAAAAACCGCAUCUGGAAGCCUCUUGGCAUGAACGAUACAUACUUCGGUGCAGCAGAAGCAAAGAAAGAUCCAUCAACCGCCGCGAGACUUGUGCAAGGAUAUGACUGGACUCCUGCAGGCAGUGAUGGCUCUUUUACAACGAAACCAGAACAUGAUUGGCCAUCUAACAGCGGUGCUGGGGCUAUUCAUAGCAACGUGAUUGAUUAUGCUCGGUGGGUGAAAGAGCUUAUUGAACCUACAGGGCCUUUGAAGGGACAUGACACCUUGAUCAAACCGCGAACCAUUUGUCUCGAAAACGAGGACGCAGACUUACCCGCCCCGUUCCAUGGAUAUGCCCUAGGAUGGGUGGUGGAUAACUAUCGGGGCCAGUAUCUCUAUAGCCACGGCGGUGGCUGGCCCGGGUAUGCGAGUCAUGUGGGCUUCGUUCCAAGCAAAAGAUUUGGCUGGGUGAUCAUGGGAAAUUCGUCUUCGGCACGAUACGCUGCAUACAGAAUAUUUACGUUUCUUUUGGACAAGCACCUCAACCUCCCAGCCGACCCAAACUACCAAGACCAGAUUGCAGCAAUUAUAGCAAAACAAGAAAGCCUGUGGCAAACGAAGCUUGCAAACGAGACGCCGGAAAUAUCAAAGCAGAGACUUUUCCCUCGAUUGCCAGAUCCGCCCAUCCCCCACAGUUUGCCACUGAUCAAGUAUACCGGAACAUAUCUGCACCGAUCAGAGGCUAUGAUUGAUCUCAGAAUUGAAUCAGGGUGCCCGGUCGCUGAUUUGCAAGAUCGCGUCAUUCCUUGUGAGCUCUCUAUCUCACAUGCGAGUGGUGAGUUCUUCAUUGGUAGAAUCUACCGCACAGGCUUGGAUCUAUUGCCGCCUUUCAUGGUUGAGUUUUGUUUGGAUUCUGCAGGUACAGUGACUGAAAUGGGGCUCCUCAUAGAGCCUGAUAUAAAUGAGCAGAAGAUAUGGUUUGGGCGGUUGGGUAUAUAA